AUGGGGCUCGCGUGCAAGAUACCUUCGAUACCUGCCGACAUUCAAACCUCGACGCCAAUACCGAUAUCUUCCUCAUCAAUAGUACCUUCGAUCGCCGCCAGCCCAGAAACCUCAGCUUUCGUUGUCACUUCCUCAACAAAAUCUAUAGCGACGCCAUUGACACCUAAUGUAGCGUCCAGCAGUAGCCCUACUACAGAUGCUCUCACUGUAGAUGCGCUAAGCCAAGUUCUAUCAACGUCAGCGACUCUCCCGUCAACCUCAUCUACAACAAGUCCGUCAGAGCACUCCGACGUGGGUAGUGGAGCAACUCCUGUGAGUACAUCAGCACUUGUUGAUGGUGGAAAGUUGAACAGCGAGACUCAUGAGGCCGCCGCUGUGCAGCCUGCGGAGACUAUGUCAAGAUUGUUCAACAUUGGUGGAAACCCUCCCAAUGACCUGCAGUCCUCAACUGAUGCACUAUCGUUCUCAUCUACGCCGUCACCCAAACUUAGCGCAAGCACGUCGACUAUUUCCGACGUCCAAUCCACAGCCAACAUGCGAACAGUGGCGGCUAUGCCAUCAUCAUCUUCUACUGCGAUUCAAGCGCCAUUUCCUUCUGAAGCCCCCCUACCUACCUUUUCGACAGCUGCUGCUAGUCAAGUCAAGUCUUCUUCUACAACAUCCAUACCCACCUCUUCGACAGCUGCUGCCAGUCAAGCUCCGUCUCCAGUCGUUGUGCCUAUACCUAUAUCUUCAGGUCUAGUUCAAGUAUCAGGCCCGGGUGGCGACGCAGCGGACGAAUUCGCACCAGUCACGCUCGACCAAAGCUCACCAGCGCCCACCGGAACUGCGAAAUACCCUACCGCUGAGGGCGGAAAUACGGCAAUGGCCGCUGGCUUCAACAAUGUUUACAAGACAUUGAACGAAGACACCCCUUGCAAUCCUGGGGACCCAAGCCAGGCAUAUGCUUGUGUUGAUGGGGAGAUCGCUGAAUGUCAGUCCGAUGAGACUUACGUAUUAAAGAGCUGCCCUCAAGGCCAAUCGUGCUACGCGCUUCCAAAACCCUCAGGUUUGAGUGGGGUUGUGGUGCAAUGCGCUGUUCCAAGCGAUGCCUAUAGUAUGCUUGCUGGUCUAUCGUCUUCCACUGCAGUCCCUCUGGCCGUUACUUCGCAGCCGGCCCCAAUGUUGCAGGCCGAGGGGGACUUCAGUCAAGCCACACAAAGCGUGAGCGCGCAGAACCCUGUGCAGCCCGUCACGUCCUCUCCCCCAGCCCAGGCGAGCAUCCAGAGCCAAUCCCAGGCACCUAACCCUUCGGUACUUGGUGUGACGGCUACAGCUCAACCAGUCCAGGACUCCGAUUCCUUGAACACUUCUCCUAAGUCAGAGGCUACGCCAGCACCACCAUCCACUACAGCAGCUGUUGUCUCAAUUCCACAGGCAUUGUUUGCUGUUGUCACCGCGCCCGAGAACGGCCAAGUCUCACCUAGCGAAAGCAGCGCGCAAGCCUCAAUUCCUACCUCUCAAAUGUCGCAACCCUACCCAGGGGUUUCAACACCUGCCGUACAGUCAUCUGCAAUGUCUACACAGGCUAGCCCUGACAGUCUCCAACUCACAGAAGCAAGUGUCACAAGUACAUCGACAUCAAGCGCUGAUAGUGCCGGCAUCACGUCUGCUCCGAUGGCAGUGCCGGCGAAUGAAAAACUUGCGGUAGGAAAUGGCCAAGCUACGGUAACAGUCACAGUGACGGUUACGACGACUGAGAAGCCUUCUCCUGUUACCAUAAGUGCUUCAUGA